GGCUGCAUUCUAUUGGUUAUUUUGGUAUUUGAUGUCGAAAACAUGAAUUUGUGACGAAUUUGUAAUCUUGUUCUACACCAUCACCUCAGAAUGAGGCUAAAAUGACCCAAAAUUCACCACAUUCCCAUCUUGCAUGUGACUUAUUGGCUGAUUUGGAAGCUUCUUUAAUUGAGACCUUAUUGCCUAUUUGACCAUGAAACUCCUCUGAUGCUUUGUUGGCACUUAGUGAUUAACAUAUUUGGAUCAAACAAUGGAUUUAGAAAGGAUUUGUUGCAUACUUUACUCGUGUAUGUAGUCAUAAUCAGCAACAAAUGUAUCUGGGUCCAAAUGGGUGUACGAGGAUUUAACCAGAGCUUUGUUGGCUGUGAUUGAACAACAUAUUUGGGCUGACUAUGAGGGAAAAAGAAUCUCAUUGAUACUUUGUUGGCCCUCAUUAAUCAACAUAUUUAUACUAUGAGUGUAUUAGUGAAUUGUCUGUUUAUGAUUGUUCUUCAAGUUUAGUUCAUGAAUGUUGAGUCAUUUUUGGUUCCCUCAGUGUUAUUUACAAUUCAAGUCAAUACCAAUAUAGUGAAACGUUGCCCUUAUUCACCUGGUAAAAAGCCUGGUCUUUUCCCAAGUUCUCUUUGUCUUAUGUUUCUUAAGACUUUUCAUGGCACUUUUUAGUUUAUCACUCAGGUGUUUGUUAAUACAGAUAUUGAGCAUAUUUCUGUAAUACAAGAGGGUGUGGUAUUCUAAUGUGACUUAAUUUUCACGUGUAUAUGAGAAUUCCUUAAUAUCAGCAGGUUUGAACAGAAAAUUUAGAGUAAUUGUAAUUGAAAACUUAACUGAGUUUUAUACCUCUACCAGAAAUUAAGGACACUGGACACUCAGAAUAUAGUUCCACAGCUUUCCAUCUCUGGAGACUGAUGUCUUUAUAACUAUAUUCAAAUAUGAACUGGGUUCAACUGAGAAAGAAUUAAUGCUUCAAUCCUGCAAGAAAACUUGUACCCUUUCUCUUUUGAUGGCUUCAUGAUAUUUAUGGUUUCCCACAUCAACAUGUACAUCCACAAAUAAUAUUUUGAGAUGUUAGAGACAUGACAUCGAUCCUGCAAUGGAUGUCUCAUAGUUUCCGUAAUGAUAAGGGUACACCAUAUUCUUGAUUUUAACAUUCUUUUAUUCCUUUACUCAGUGUUCCCAUUGCAAUGAUGUUGCAUUCGAAGAACCAUCUGACUCUUUUUACUUCUUCUCAGAUGUCUACUGAUUCAACUGCUUGCAUGAAUUUCUACACUUGACAGUUUUGGAUGAUGGGUAUUUUCAGUUCAGACAUAUGUCUACUCUGUAAUUACUGUUCUUCUCCAUUGAGAGCAUUCUUCUACCAGGUAAAGGAAAAUGCUUUGCACUGUUACCUUGGCUACCUGUUUAAUCAUCAUUUUGUACUAGAACUGAUAAUGUGUCUGACAGUCCAGGUAUAUUUUCAGAACCUGCCCUUUGCUGGAAGUCAGUUCUUUUUCAUGCACUUAUAUGGCAAGUAAGAAGUUAUAGAAGAAGCCUAUUCUUAUAAAUAUAUUGUGUGAACUUUGAUUAUCAUUUAUUUUAAACAUAAAUUAUAUUGAAUCUUGUUAUAGACUAACCAACAUGAUUUGUACUUCUAGCUCCAGGAAAAGUUGAUUCCUUGGAAGAAAGUUUUCUACAUACUGUUUUGAAGUUUGGUAAAAUAAAAGAAAACAAAGAAACAAAUUGUGAUGUAACAUCAGAGAAAUGUGAGGUAUGAAAACAACUUGAAAAAAUCAUGAUGCAGAAUAAUGACAAACAAAAGGAACAGGAGUCGUGAAGAUAAUAACAUGUCUGUUCAAGUGAAAAUCAAACAGCCUGGUGAUCUACUACAAGAUGUUUCAAAGUUCAGUUACAGUGAUGAUGAGAAUCAGGAUAGUUCAUUCUAUAAUGUUAUGAACCUGAAAACAGAAACUGAAUUUCAAAGAGAGAUCAAAUCAGGGUUAGAAAGAACAUGUGAUAAAGAGACCAGUGGGAACAUCUGUAGUGGAAGUCAGUUUCCUGGUUAUGUAAUAAAACAAGAAAAUCACUUUACAGAAGACGUAAAAUCCCAAAAUAACAAUAUUAGUGGAGAAACAAAGUUAAGUGGAAAUAACCUAAAAGCAUCUAACAUACAUCAAUGUAAUGAUAAACUCUACAGUUGUAGAAAAACAUUUGAUAACCUAACACAACAAAAGAAGACGUAUCCUGAAGAGAAACCAUAUCAAUGUGAAGUGUAUGGAAAUAAUAACUUAAAAAUACAUCAAAGAAUACACACUGGGGAGAAGCCAUAUAGUUGCACAGAUUGUGGAAAACAGUUUAGAACAAAUAGUAGUUUAAAAAUGCAUGUGAUAAUACACACUGGAGAGAAACCUUACAGUUGUACAGUGUGUGAAAAACAGUUUGGAAGAAAUAGUGAUUUAAAAGUACAUGAAAGAAUACAUACUGGGGAGAAACCUUACAGAUGCACAGUGUGUAGAAAACAGUUUGUUGCUAAAAGUAAGUUAAAAACACACGAAAGAAUACACACUGGGGAGAAACCUCACAGUUGUAUACUGUGUGGAAAACAAUUUAGAACAAAGAGUGCUUUAAAAGUACAUGAAAGAAUACACACUGGGGAGAAACCUCACUGUUGUACAGUGUGUAGAAAAUGCUUUGUUGAAAAAAGUCACUUAAAACAACAUCUAAGAAAACACACUGGGGAGAAACCUCACAGUUGUAUAGUGUGUGGAAAACAAUUUGGAACAAAGAGUGCUUUAAAAAUACAUGAAAGAAUACACAGUGGGGAGAAACCUUACAACUGUUCAGAUUGUAGAAAACAGUUUGUAUCAAAGAGUGCUUUAAAUGUACAUGAAAGAAUACACAGUGUGGAAAAACCUUACAACUGUACAGAUUGUAGAAAACAGUUUGUAACAAUUAGUGUUUUAAAAGUACAUCAAAGAAAGCACACUGGAGAGAAACCUUACAGUUGUACAGUGUGUGGAAAACAGUUUAAAACAGUUUGUAACAAAGAGUGAUUUAAAAGUACAUCAAAGAAAACACACUGAAGAGAAACCUUACAGUUGUACAGUGUGUAGAAAACACUUUGUUAAACAAAGUCAUUCAAAACAACAUAAAAGAAAACAAACUGGGGAGAAACCUUACAGUUG